UCUUUCCUCGGAGGGAGGACUCCGCCGCGGCAGUGGGUGCUCGCAGCGCCGCCCGGGCCGUCACCAUGGUGAAGCUGAGCAAAGAGGCCAAGCAGAGGCUGCAGCAGCUCUUCAAGGGCGGCCAGUUCGCCAUCCGCUGGGGCUUUAUCCCUCUCGUGAUUUACCUGGGAUUUAAGAGGGGUGCAGAUCCUGGAAUGCCUGAACCAACUGUUUUGAGCUUACUUUGGGGAUAAAGGACUGUUUGGUCAUCUGGAUUUGGAAGCAAUCAAUGGACAGUAACAACAUGGAAGGUGUGCCCUCUGGCUGGCAUAAGAGAUGGGACAUCGUUCACACGUUCACCAAUUGAAUG